AUGCCUCCAUGCUCUGCCAACUCGAGUCGACUUGGAGAAGGCCGUCUUCAGCUUGCAAUGUUGCGAUCAACACCAUCAGGAACUUGGCUCCCCUCGUGGACUCCAGAGUCCACGUCGACCCUGUCCGUCUUACUGACGCUCUGCUCCGUGGUUCAGUCUACCACUGGUGGCUAUGACGGAUCCAUGCUCAACGGACUGAACAUUUUGCCUUCUUACACCGAUUAUUUCAGGCUCACAUCUGCGACUCAAGGCCUCAAUACAGCUUCUGUCUUCAUCGGAGGUUUCUUUGGCCCCAUGGUUGGGGGAGUCAUGUCUGACAAACUGGGACGACGGCCAGCACUGUUCUGGGCAUCCGUCAUCACCAUGGUUGGCAUCGUUCUACAGAGUGCAGCGCAGAACGUAGCCAUGUUUGUAGUGGCUCGUAUUAUCCUCGGGUUUGGGGGUGGCAUCAGCAACGUUGCUGCCCCGCUGCUGAACAACUUCUAUUACAUUGGUGCGCUGAUUGCGGCCGGCGUUACCCUCGAAUCUCCUCGAUGGCUGAUCCGUCAGGACCGAUAUGAAGAUGCUCGGUUGGUCGUGGCGCAGACCAACGCCGACGGCAAUUUGACUGAUCCUGUUGCCAUGACGGUCUACAAGGAAAUCGUCGACACCCUGGAGUGGGAGAAGAAGCAAGGCCGAAGCAUGAGUCCCAUGGAGAUCUUCCAGGACCCAGUGGCGAGGAAGAGGGUUCUAGUUGGCGGCUCUACUGGGCCGUUUUCAUGCAUCGCCGGCAAUAUUAUUGCGUCGUAUUAUCUGGGGAACGAGCUGAGCACCGCGGGAGUGAAGAGCUCCGAUGACCAGCUGAGAUCUGCAAGUAAUCCACAAUCACUACUAGAAGGGCUGCUGAUUGCCUGUCUUUUCAUAAUUGGCGGACUUUCAAAGAUUUAUGCCGACAACCCUGGCGGAGCGUCAAAGGGACUCAUAUAUGGCGAUGUCGCAGUCAUGUUCUUGUUCCAAGGAUUCUAUUCCAUUGCCUGGACGCCCUUGCUUACUCUUUAUCCCCCUGAAGUUAUGGACUACCCAGCUCGAGCAAACGGUGUUGCGUUUUCGCAAUUCACCCUCAAUGGCCUGGCGAUGUUGCUCGUUUUCGUCAUGCCCAUCGGCCUCAAUAAUACCGGUUGGAGAAUGUACAUGAUUAACGGAUCAUGGGACAUUAUUACGUUUCUCCUCAUUGCUGUAUUUUGGGUUGAAACAAAAGGCAAGACUCUAGAAGAGAUUGAUGCUAUUUUUGAGCGGGAGAGGCAUUCAUCUGAGCCUAAUGUAGAGGACGUGAGAAAAGGAGAAUAA